CCCUUUGAGCGGACCACACAGGAAACACAGGGAAGCCAACUGGAGAAGCCCUUUCCAGUCCGCUUCCUUGGCACGAACAUUUAAUAUUUCUUUGACUGCGUUUGUGUUGUUGUGGAAAUACUAGUAGAGCGUCUCCAGACUGGCCACAGGACAGAAAACAGCGGUCUUUGUCUCCUGUAAACAGCCCCUCUUCCCUCUUUCACUCACUUUUUUAUUUUUUAUUUUGUUAUUGCAAGACCAACAAAGACAUUUACAUAUUCCAGAGACAAUAAAUCAACAUUUCAUCAGUCAGAGCUUCAGAGGAUGAACUGUUAACUUCAAUAAAUCAGAACACAGAUCACCCAGUGCCCUCAGUGAUGUGGGAAACUAUGAACAACAAAUAAGUGAUAAUCUAAUUUUCAACAUGCUUUACUAGUCUCAUAUUUGGCAUUUACUACAUAUUAAUUUGUUUUAUUUUACUGUGGUCGCCCUUAAAUGACUUUGGUAAGAUGAUCUGCACCGUCUCUCUCAUGUGUCACCAAAAUAAUCACUUUGAAGCUCUUGAAGCGGUUGUCUCACAUCUCACAUCUGGCGUUGCUUAUGUCCUGAUACUCGAAGACUCAUUUUAGUCCCAGCUGAUUGUGCUCUUGAGUCCGUCCUGUGAGUAUCAGUGACAGCUUGCUAUAUAUAGCCGACAUAUUUUUUUUUUCUAAAUUGCUUAUAUGACAUCAAAUUGAGCAGCAAAUAUCUUGUUUUUGUAACUUUCAUCCCCUGCUGGUGGGCCUCUCGCAACCUCGGAGUAGCCUUGGUCUAAGUUUGUAGUUUGGUGUGUGUGUGUGUGUGUGCGCGCGCGUGUGUGUGUGUGUGUCAGUGUUUAUCUAUAUGAGUGUGCACAAACCUGGAUGCUGUAUGUGUUUUUUUUAAUGUAAACAGUAUAUUUUCUAUAUGCUUGCAUCUCGCCCUCUCACUGUUCGCUGGCUUUUAUUUGUGUGUGUGUUUGUGUGUGUGUGUGUGUGUGUGUGUGUGUGUGUGUGUGUGUGUGUGUGUGUGUGAGAGAGAGAGACAGAGACAGAGAGAGAGAGAAUAUGACAGGGGAGCCGUUUGCUGUAGCCAGUGGAGUGUGUCAGAGUGAAGGAGAAAGAGUGAAGGAGAGAGAAAGAAAGAAAGAAAGAAGGAAAGAAAGAGAGAGGGAGGAGGAGCUGAUGAGAAACAUACUGGCUGGCAGAGAGAGAGAGCGAUAGGAGGAGGAAGGCAACAGUGAUCAGCGGAGCACUUUCCCCAGCAGCACCGGCUGUGCGGCGCUGACGCGGCGGACCAUGGACAACAGGCCUGUCCAGAGGAGGCGACCCGGAGCCGUGCGACAUCUGCUGCUGGCGGCCGCCUUCCUCGCCUGCAGCUCCCAGCUGCUGGUGGUGGAUGCCAACUCAUGGUGGUCACUCGCUCUGACCCCCAUCCAGCGGCCAGAGAUGUACAUCAUUGGAGCUCAGCCUCUCUGCAGUCAGCUGUCCGGUCUCUCUCAGGGCCAGAGGAAGCUGUGCCAGCUGUACCAGGACCACAUGAUCUACAUCGGAGACGGAGCCAAGACGGGCAUCAAGGAGUGCCAGUACCAGUUCAGGCAGAGGAGGUGGAACUGCAGCACCGUGGACAACACGUCUGUGUUCGGACGGGUCAUGCAGAUUGGCUCCAGGGAAACAGCCUUCACCUACUCCAUCAGCGCGGCCGGCGUGGUCAACGCCAUCAGCAGGGCGUGCCGCGAGGGCGAGCUCUCCACCUGCGGCUGCAGCCGUUCCGCCCGACCCCGCGACCUGCCGCGCGACUGGCUGUGGGGCGGCUGCGGCGACAACGUGCACUACGGCUACAGAUUCGCCCGGGAGUUCGUGGACGCCAGGGAGAGGGAGAAGAAUUACCCGCGGGGUUCCAUCGAGCACGCCCAGACACUCAUGAACCUGCAGAAUAAUGAAGCAGGGAGACAGGCGGUCUACAACCUCGCAAACGUGGCCUGCAAGUGUCACGGCGUCUCGGGUUCCUGCAGCCUGAAGACGUGUUGGCUCCAGCUGGCCGACUUCAGGCGUGUUGGGGAGUUCCUGAAGGAGAAGUACGACAGCGCGGCCGCCAUGCGCAUUGGACGCAAGGGCAAGCUGGAGCUGGUCGACAAGCGCUUCAACACCCCGACCCCGGAGGAUCUGGUUUACAUCGACCCGAGCCCCGACUACUGCCUCCGCAACGAGACCACGGGCUCCCUGGGCACGCAGGGCCGCCUGUGCAACAAAACCUCGGAGGGCAUGGACGGCUGCGAGCUCAUGUGCUGCGGCCGGGGAUACGACCAGUUCAAGACCUACAAGCACGAGCGCUGCCACUGCAAGUUCCACUGGUGCUGCUACGUCAAGUGCAAGCGCUGCACGACGCUCGUGGACCAGUUUGUGUGUAAAUAGCACUGGAAAGGAGGAGAGGGAGCAGAGAUAAAGGGGGAGGGUGAAGGAUAAGAAGACAGGAGGGGGAAUUUUCAGGGUUUUGUUCAGGAUAAGUAAAGAUACACAGGUUUGAUUUUGCCUUCUCUCUUUUAUCAACACCUGCGUGGCCAUUUUUUAAGCACAGUAAUGUAGCGAUAGACUGGCAGGGAAGAAGAAACAGAUGUGGGAGAAAGGAAGAAUUCGAUCGUGCUCUUUGGACAACAAUUUAUUCACUUCCUGUCCGGUGUAACAUCCUGAUCACAACCCUGAGAGAGCAGGAGGAAUGGAAAGAUGAUCAAAAAACGGACACCAAGGAUAAACGGACCUAGAAAAAUGGAACAACUGGAUCCUGAAAAGAGGGACUCAUACGACCAGUGUGACAGAAAAUAUGAGAUGAAAUAAAUAUAUAAUUAAGUAAUAAAUAAAUGUACAACUCUGAUUGUUAUUUAAGGAGGCUCGAACGAACCCGAGGCACAGUUUGGACUCUUAAAAAACUGAGUCCUUUUGGAGUUUGAAGCCAUUUGAACGGUCAAACUUUGACCUCGCAAGAGUAAUUCCAGCAUACUCGAGUUGCUCAGACACACUUGCAACGCGAGGGGAGGACAGCUGGAACUCAAACAGAUGGAUGAGAGCGAAUGGAAUGUGAAUCACAUGUCUGCGGUGAAUGGAGAGCAUGGAGAAAAAAAAAAAAUGGGAAAAAAGUUCGAGAAAGUUUGCUCGAUUCUUUUCCGGCAAUUGGAAUUCCCCUCGCCGUCGAUUUCUGCCCAGACGUACUGUUAAAAACACUUACUGACAGGACACACUUCAUCCAUUUGCCUCCCUGUUACUGCUCCUGUAAGAGCAGAUUUCCAGCACCUGUGAGCUGACAAGUGUGUCCGAGCAGGUUAAUGAGGCCGCGGCCAUCUUGACAAGCGCAGCCGUUAAAAGCGAGCGAGCCCCGGCUCGGCGACCUUCAUCUGACAGUGAAGCGAGCAAAACCUCCAUUAGUGAGAUUAAUGUGCCGUAUCUGCCUUAAUGAACCCCGCACUAAGAGACACGUUCACUGUGAGUGGACCUCUUCAUCUCACGCUGUUAUGCAACUUGUUAAGUCAACAAGAAGCCCUGUGGUGUCAACGCUGGCAGUUUUGCUGCCAAUUUAACAUUUUUGUAAUAGCUAUACCGGUGAAUCUUUGCAGUUUGUAUUGGUUGAGAUUGUUGUAAUUGCACAAUGUAUUCCGAUCGAUAGACGCGAACACGAAGAGGACAAGUAGGAGGACUGAACAUGACGUGUGGGAAAAACAGAGAGGACUGCAAUUUAUUAUGUGCUACUUUAAAAGAAGAAGGUAUAUUUUAUUAUUGUUUUUCAUCUUCUGUUUUCUAUGUUUUAUACAUGAGUAUUAUUGUGUAUUCUUUUGAUAAAGUAGUCUCCUUUCGACAACGAGGCGUUGGUCUGUUUUUGAGU